GAAAGGUUACUCGGAAUCGCCGUUAGGGAACGGAAGCGGAAACGUUUCGUCAUCUGGGCGAAGCGGAAACGCGCGCGCGACUCUUCCUUCCGUCUCUGUUUCGCUCAGAUAGAAAGUUUCUGUUUAGGGAACGUUUGUAAGAGAUUAGGAGAUGAAGACGUCGGUGUAUUCGUCCACCGUCUGGGGGUGGACUCUGGUGUCGAUUUCUAUAAUUUCGGCGGCAUCCGACAAUAUAUGUAAAGGUAGAGAGACUUGCAGUCAGUGCAUUCGGGCUCAUCCCCGAUGCGCCUGGUGCUUGGAACCGAAAGAGAAAGGAGAACACUGCGACUUGUUCGAGGCGAUGAAGACCUGCGAACAUUACUUUCACGUCACAAACAAUCGCACGACGACAAAAAAUCGGGCACUAAACAGCGAUGCCGAGUUAGAGGAGAACGUCGUUCAAGUCAAGCCUCAAGAAGUACUGCUGGAACUCAAACCCAACGAUCCGUACGAACUGUGGAUACAGUACAAACAGGCGGAAAACUAUCCGGUGGAUCUGUACUAUCUGAUGGAUCUGUCGUAUUCCAUGAAGGACGACAAAGAGAAGUUGGUGAACCUGGGAGAUAAAUUGGCCAGGGAAAUGAAGACCAUCACUAAGAAAUUUCAACUGGGAUUCGGCGCCUUUGUUGAGAAAGUGACGUUGCCCUUCGUCAACAUUAUUCCCAACCAGAAAAUAGACUACGCCUUUCCCUACGGAUUCCGAAAUUACUUGCCCCUGAGUCGGAACACGGGCAGGUUUAAAACGGAAGUGCAAAAUUCUCAGAUUUCGGGUAACUACGACGCCCCCGAAGGAGGUUUGGACGCUCUGGUGCAAGCGGUCUCUUGCAAGGACAAGAUCAAAUGGGGGGAAAAUUCCACCAAACUACUGGUGUUUUCUACCGACGCCGGAUACCACUUCGCGGGAGACGGAAAGCUGGCUGGAAUCGUCAAACCCAACGACGGAAACUGUCACCUGGAUGAUCGGGGCAAUUACACCGAAAGUCUGACUCAGGACUACCCUUCGGUCAGCCAGAUCAGGAAUCUUCUGCGGGACAACAAGAUCAACGUCAUCUUCGCCGUCACCAGAGAUCAGAAUGACGUCUACGAAGACUUGGCGCGGGAGUUAGAAUCGGCCACCGUGGGAGUUCUGGAGGACGACUCCUCCAACGUGGUCCAACUCAUCCGCGAUCAAUACGACAAAAUAAGAUCGUCGGUGAAGAUCAGGGACGAUUCCGCCGAUCCCAUCAAAAUCACUUAUUUCUCCUCCUGUCUGGGGAAGACGAAGAAGCAAACGGACUCGUGCGAAAACAUCCCCGUGGGAGGAAGCGUGACUUUCGUGGCCAGGAUCGAGUUGACGUCGUGCCCGGAAAAUGCCAGAGACUGGAAUCGCGUCUUCGAGAUAUUUCCCACACACCUGAACGAAGCGGUAAAGGUCAAAGUGCGGAUGAUCUGCGAAUGCCAGUGCGAAGAACACGAUAAGGAGGAGAGGAAGAGUCCCAAGUGUUCCGGAAACGGUACUUUCGAGUGCGGUAUCUGCAACUGCGAUCCCGGCAGAUACGGAGAGAAGUGCGAAUGUUCUGGAGACGGUACCGAAGGGUACGACCAGAUGGAUACCACCAGGUGUUUCGGAGGCAACGACACGGUGGUGUGUUCCGGAAGGGGAAAGUGCUUCUGCGGAAAGUGCCAGUGUGAAAUGAGAACGGAUCCCGAGGAGAAAGUAAGCGGAAAGUAUUGCGAAUGCGACAACUUUUCUUGCGAUCGGCGCGACAACCUUCUGUGCGGAGGACCGGACAGGGGAAAAUGCGAAUGCGGGCGUUGCGUGUGUAUGCCCGGAUGGAAAGGCGACGUCUGCGACUGUCGAGAUUCCGUCGACACCUGUUUGGAUCCCGUCACCAAGAAAGUUUGUAACGAUCGAGGGGACUGUACCUGCGGCUCAUGCAAGUGCAAAGAGAGCAAAACGGAACGUUACGACGGAGCUUACUGUCAGCAGUGUCUGAUCUGUCCCGGAAGUUGCCAAGCAUACGGACCCUGCGUCCAGUGCAAGAUCUUCGCUUCCGGUCCUCUGGAAGAGAACGAGUGCGCCAACUGCACCGGAAUAUACAGGGAGCUGAAGGACGGAGAAGACGUGUCGUCGAGCCACGAAUGCGCUUUCGACGACGAGAUCGGAUGCAGAUAUUUUUUCUUCUACGAGUUGCAGAACGACUCGCCCGUGGUUAAGGUUAAAAAACGAAAAGAAUGUCCCAAGCCGGUGAACGCUCUGGCCAUAGGACUGGGAGUGGCGGGAGCCAUCGCGGGGCUGGGACUGGCGGCUCUGCUGAUCUGGAAGUUGAUCACCACCGUCCACGACUCCAGGGAAUACGCCAAGUUCCUAAAAGAGAUCCAAGACAAAAAGUGGAACGAAGAGAAAAAUCCUCUGUAUAAAGAAGCCACCUCCACCUUCCACAAUCCCGCCUUCGGCGACGCCACCUGAGCCGCCUCCGACUUCCGGAAGUUUCGUCGGAUCAGGAAACGAGUCCAGAAGGAACCGAGAAUUAAUUAAAGAAAGACCAGGCGUCACUCUCCGAAGACGUUCUUACUAUCUGCUACCGUUUCGCUCCCGAUUUUUCUGGAAGAUUUCUUGUAAAAUCUAAUUGGAUAAAUAAAAUUAUUUAUGCACUUUU